UCGCCGUGAAGAAGGUGGGGCAGCCCGGGAGCGCAGGAAGCAGUGGCUGUGAGUGACCCCGUGGUGCCGCAGCAUGGCAGGGCCGUGGGAUGUGGUGCUGCGGGAUGAGGCAGCCCUGAGGCAGGCAGCAGUGGUGGCGGUAGAUGCGGCGCUGCUGGAGGGCGUGCUGAUGCGCACCGAAGCUGAGCCCAACGCCUCCGAGGUGGUGAGCUAUGCACCCUUCACACUGCUGCCCUCGGCCGUGCCCCGUGCCCUGUUUGAGCAGGCCUAUGCUGUACAGCGGGACUUCAACCUGCUGGUGGAUGCCAUCAGCCGGGACAAGGGGUUCCUGGAGCGCACCCUGGCCAGCACUAUCAAGGUGGAUGACUUCACGGCACGGCUCUUCAGGAUCCACCAGCAGGUUCUGGAGGAAGGGCUGGCACAGUCUGUGUUUCUAGGCAUCAACCGCUCUGACUACAUGUUUGACUGCGGGGCAGCCAGCCUGCCGGCGCUGAAGCAGAUUGAGAUCAACACCAUCGCUGCCAGCUUCGGUGGCCUCGCCUCCCGCACCGCUGCCGUGCACGGGCGGGUGCUCAGAGUGCUGAGGAAGCCUGAGGAGGCGGCGAGGUUGCUGCCCAAUGACCCUGCCCAGGGGCUGGCCAUGGGCAUCGCCAAGGCCUGGGAGCUGUACGGCUCGCCGAGUGCUGUGGUGAUGUUCCUGGUGGAGAAGGCCCAAAGGAAUAUUUUUGAUCAGCGAUGCGUGGAAAACAAGCUUUGGGACAGGAACAUUCGGGUCAUCAGGAGGCGGUUCCAGGACGUGUAUGAGCAGGGCUCCCUGGAUGACUCCCGCAGGCUCUAUGUGGACGGCCAGGAGGUAGCAGUGGUGUACUACAGAGAGGGCUACGUGCCGAGCAACUACGAUCAGCAGAACUGGGAGGCACGGCUGCUGCUGGAGAGGUCGCGGGCAGUGAAGUGCCCUGACAUUGCCACGCAGCUGGCUGGCACCAAGAAGGUGCAGCAAGAGCUGAGCCGCCCGGGGAUGCUGGAGAAGCUGCUGCCUGGCCACGCUGAGGCUGUCAAACGCAUCAGAGCAACAUUUGCUGGGCUGUACUCGCUGGAUAUGGGUGAAGAGGGUGACCGGAUUGCUGCCACAGCUAUCGCCAGCCCUGAGCGGUUUGUGCUGAAACCACAGCGAGAAGGAGGAGGGAACAACCUGUAUGGUGAGGAGCUCAAGCAGGUCCUGGAGAAGAUCAAAGACAGCCCUGAGAGAACCUCCUACAUCCUGAUGGACAAGAUUGAGCCGCAGCCAGCAGUGAAUUAUUUGCUGAGGGCACACAGUCCCCUAAAGGCCUCCAAGUGCAUCUCAGAGCUUGGUAUUUUUGGUGUCUAUGUCAGGUGAGUAUCACGCAGUAUGGAGUGGUUCCUAUCCCUGCUCCUCUCUCAGAGGAACAUCUCAGCAGCAGGGCAGAUGUUCCAGGAUGGAGGGAUAGGGACAGCUGGUGUUGGGUGGGAUAUGUGACCAGCAGCAGCUUUCCAAACCCCAAAGUUGGGAUGUUCCUUUCCCAGUUGCUGGAGGAACCUCCCAGCAUCUACACACAGCCUCACUCAGAAAGAGCUGAAGGUGGAAGAGGUUGUGCUCAACCCUAAGUAGCUGCUGCUUUUGUUUAAAGCCCUUUAUAAGAGGAUCCACAGAAACACUUCCAUAGCUUAUAGAUUGAAGCCCUCCUACAACUUUUAGCAACAACUGCACUCUGGCAGCAUUCACAGCCCAGCAUUGCUCCCUUGCAGAGCAUUACAGCCACCAUAGCCCAGCCAAAGAAGGGCAGCAUCGCCAGGAGGAGCUUAGAUUGUUGCAGAUGGGAGAAAUGCUGUGGGCUUCCUGCUCCACCAUGCUUCCCCUCUGCCUUCUCUUUGCAGGCAGGGCAAAGAGCUGGUGCUGAAUGAGGCCGCUGGGCACCUGUUGCGGACGAAGGCAGUGGAACACGCAGACGGCGGGGUGGCAGCCGGGGUGGCAGUGCUGGACACCCCCUACCUGGUGUGAGCUUCUCGUGCAGUGCCCACAGGGCUGGGCUGCCACAGGGCUGCUUCCCUCAGGGUGCACCUAGUGAGGUGGGAAGGGCUGGAGACAGCCAAAGGUUUUGCACUGGUUUGAAAUGUGCUCUUGGAGGUUGCUGCGGCACUGGAGGGGACCCUGCUCAGUGCCAGUCCCAGUUUCAUUACGCUCCUAUGCACGUGGACAGCUACCAUGCUGCAGCUUCCCCAAGCCUCCAUCACUGUCAGUGCAUUCUCUUGGCUUCACCGUGGGACCAGCACUGAGGGAUGACAAGAUGCUUCUCCCCUGGGUUUCCUGAAUCAAUGGGAAGAGCAGUGGGUGCUCCUGCUCACGGGCCAUGUCUGCAGUGCAUCCCCCUUCCACUCCAGCCCUGCUCAGCUGAGUAACUCCAGGUGUGACACAAAGUGCCCCUUCCUGGAAUUGCCCUGGUGAAGCACCUAGGCAGCCUGAGCUCCGCUGCUCCGUGACUGCAGCGAGGCCUUAUGCCUGUGUUCCUGAUAGCCCUGCUGGCUGUGCCUACAGCCUGCAGUCCAGGUGCCUCAAUCAAGCACUGAUCUGCCACUGCGCAGUGGUUUUGUUCUGUGGCUGAUUCCACAAUCCGUGGCUGGUGUUCAGCUGGGGGGCUUGAUUACCCCACCAGAGAUUAAAACAUACGCUGCAUCUAAA